AUGGUGACUCCGGUGGAGUCUCAGCACCCAGAGUCAAUGGCCUCCUUUGCGCCGACAAGACACUUUAUCCGUGUCUCGCUCGCCUGUGUCCAAUGCCGAUCGCGGCAUCUAAAGUGCGAUGCAAAGGCCCCUCGGUGCUCUCGCUGCCAAACCGAUGGGAAGCAGUGCACAUAUCUCAAGUCCCGCCGUGGUGGGCGUCGCAGACCGACCUCUUCUCCCUCCCCUGUGCCCGCAGACCUUCCCAUGCAGCACGCUGCUGCCUUGCCGCCGCCCCCAGACUGUGCCUCCCUUCCCGUACCAGACGAAAACAUCUUCAACGAUGCCUACUGUGGAGUACCCAGAUCCAUUCCAAUGGUGACGCCCACCCGGGGAAGUACUAGCAGUGGCAGCAGCCCAACUACCAACUCGGAGGCGCAAAUAGAGGACCUGCUCAACAUGUACUACAAGUACUUUCACAUCUCACACCCCUGUGUCCUCCCGCGGUGGUCCUUUCAGAUACGGCUGUCCCAGGACCCGGCUACUCUGCGCCCAUUGCUACUGACAAUGCAGUAUAUUGGCGCCCUCUUCACUCCUUCAGUCACUUCCUCUGCCUUCGAGCCAGAAGUCCUGCAAGCUUUUGCAGACUUUAGAGCUUCCGGCGCAAAGCCGACUGGUUAUCAUGUCCAGGCUUGGCUGUUGUACUCUGUGGCUGUAUAUUGGUGUAAUGAGAUCGAGAGAGGCCUCAAGCUACUCGAUGAAACAAUUCGAAUGGCCCUCGACCUAGGGAUGCAUCUGGAUUCCUUCGCGCAACGGUAUGGUGAAAAUAACCCGCUACUAGAAGAGAGCUGGAGGCGGACCUGGUGGCAGCUAUACGUCAUUGAUGGACAUGUUGCCGGAAGUACCCACACUUUCCCAUUUAGAACAAGCCACAUACAACCAACAACUGCUCUUCCCUGUGAAGAAGAGCUUUACGAAAAAGGGGUAUGUUUUAUUCUCAUACACUUGCGUCGAUGGUGGACUUAUUAUAUAGAGUACAUGUUAACCUUUUCUUUUUCAACUGGGCUGCAGGACAUUCCAAAGCCGAGAACCUUGUAUGAGUACGAUAUGCGUGAGUUUGCAGAUGAUGAAGACCAAGAUUUUUCAUCGUUCGCGCAUCUCGUUGGUCUUACUCGUGGGCUGGACCUAGCCUUAUCUGGGCGUCGGCCAAACAACCCAGACCCACCCAGUGUCGUAUGCUCCCGCGUAGACACAUGCAUGCGGGCGUGGUGUUCGCUUAUACCUCCGAAAAAACGAUGUCUUGCCCGGGAAGAUGGUACAAUUGACGAACAGCUAUUUAAAGCAAACAUGCUCGUCCAUACAUAUAUCGUUGAUCUGCACCGUGAGCUAUCAAGUUUGUCCUACAGCCCUAUCGAGUCUGUGUCAAGAUGUGCCCCACCAGCACCCGCAGAUGCCAACAAUCCAAACAAAACGCCCAAGGAUGUUCAAAUACACACAUCAAAGGUUCUGCUUGCUGUGGAUAAGUUUAACGAUCUCCUCACCCUCCCAACAACCAUAAUAUCACAUACUCCCUUCGUCAUCUGCAUGAUUGCAAACACAACCAUUGCCCAUCUCUCGGCUUGCAAGCACCUCUACCGUGACAAGACUCUGCAAAUAGAACGAGAGCGUAUCCGCUUGAACAUGGGCGCUCUCAAGACUCUUAGCAUGUACUGGCCGUUAGGGAAACGGACGUACCGCGAGAUGGCUACUAUUGCCCGUGACAUCCUGUCGCUCACCGACAGAGACAUCAGCCCUAUAAGUAAUUCAGACAGAGCAGCCGUCAGAUCUCUAGAUACCACACCACCCGCAGUGCAACCCAGCCCUCCACCACCACCUCCAGCUGCUGCUACUGCUCCUACCUCUGCUCCUACCAUCGCCCCCACACAAGCACCAAUCACAGCUCCUCCAAACCCCGUCAUUCAUAACCAUCAUGACCAACAACCAGCAAUGAUACCAAAUACUACCUCACAUGGAGUAAUAAUGCCUCAUGCCCCUCCAGCUUCCUAUCCCGAUGUUUUAUCUUUCGACUUCAACGGUAUCUUUGAUGUUGGUGAUUUGUUUGACAAAUCCAUGACAUAUGAUUAUUCCGUGUUGUCACUUCCAUCGUCCGUAACACAGGAUGUAUCUUGA